AUGGCCGAACACCGCAACAACAAAUGGAACAACCUCCUUGGAUCCCUCAACGAAGGCUCAAAUGCGUGGACACGCUUCUACGGACUAAACCGCGCCCUCAUACGCAAACGUCUACCUUCUCGCCCUCUCAAGGAUUCAUCAGGCAAGACCAUCUUUGACCCCAAGUCAAAAGCCGAUCUGCUGGCCGACUCCUUGGAAACUCAAUUUCGGUCCCUCCUGGAAACGUCAUCAUCGAUUCUUUGGUCCACGAUAAACUGA